UAAUAAAUUAAAUAACAAACACAUAGUAUCAUCAUUAUCAUCAAAUCCAGUUCAAAACUCGACGACUAUAACAACCUUGUCAGAUUCAUCAUUAUCAACAACAAAAAUUGCAUCAACAACAGCAGCUGAAUUAAUUUCAAAUAGGCCUGAACUCACCAUUACGAAUACAACAAAAAACCAAUCUCAAAAAAAUUCCAUUAAUAACAAUAAUAACAGUAAUAACAGCAAUACUAAUAAUAACAAUAUGAAUACUGGUAAUAAUAAUAAUAAUAAUAAUAAUAGUAGUAAUAAUAUUAUUAUAAACGAUAAUAAUAAUAACAGUAAUAUUAAUAAUAAUUAUAUUAAUAACACUAAUAGUAAUAAUAUAAUUAAUAAUAGCAAUCAGAAUAUUAUUUCUCCAACAACUGUAAACAUUAUGAAUGUGAAUUCAACAAUACAACAGACAACACCCAUUCAAGGAAUAUCAAAAACAAUAGCGAUAACUAAUAAUUCUCCGAUUAUUACAUCAGUAACUUCUUUGUACGCAAAACCGUCAGCUUCAACAUUUCCGUUAUCAUCGACAGUAUCAACAGGAACUACAUUAAUAUCUUCAUCUGCAUCUACAUCAUUACCAUCAACAUCAUCGCCAACAUCAUCAUCAUCGUCAAUAAAUAACACAUUGUUGAAUAAGUCUAGAUUUAAUGUAAAUCAUAGUAAUAAUAAAAAUUAUAAUAGUAAUAAUAAUGAUAAUAAUAAAAAAGUUUAUAAUAUAAAUAAUAACAUUGAUAACAUUAAAAAUAAUUGUAAGGCAUCUAAAAGUAUAAAUAAACAAAAGAUUACAAUAUUGACUACGAAAAAUAAUUUGCAACAAAAACAGCAAACGAUUAAUAAAAUUAGUAAAAACAAUAAUAAUAGUACAACCAAAAAUUUAACUACAAACAUAGCAACCAAAAACUUAAUUCAUCAACAGAUACAACAGCAGAAACAACAAAAAGUACAUAAUAUUCAACCAAACUCGAAUGUAACCACGAAAUCCGGAAAAUUUGCUAUAAAAUUAAAACAAAGGCAACAAAAUACAAUGACUAAAUAAAUAAAAAAAAU